UGUGUGUGGGUGGGUGUGUUAGUCCCCUUGGAUGAGCACACGCGGCUGAGGAUGCAGCUGGGAGCAUGAGUUCUGACCGAGAGGAGCAUGACAUGGUCUGUCAGAGAGCCGUGACCCUAAUUGUUGACCUUUGCCUGCACAACAGCACACUGCUGGACCGCGACACCUGCCAGGAUUUCCUCCUCCUGUUGUCCAGCCAGACCUCUGACCGCAAGGAGCGAGACGCUACUUUUGGCCUCCUGCUCGGUGUGUUUGUGGUCUGUGGCCUGGCUCUGCUGGGCCUCCUCACAUUCAUCUCGUGGAAGCUGUGCUGGGUGCCUCGGCGGCCCAAGGUCCACUUCCCCAGUCCGCCCCUCACCCCGGCCAGCAGCCCAGAGCACUGCCCGCCCCAGCCGCCGCCGCUCCCGCAGCCCAGCUCCGAGCAACCACCGGUCACCAUGGCGACAGAGAAGGUGAAGGACCCCGUGGGCUCGAUGGGCUUCCUGGAGGCAGCAGUGAAGAUAAGCCGCACAUCUCCCGACAUUCCCACUGAUGUGCAGCUGUCCAUGAGGGAGCACUUCCUGCGCCGCACACAACGCAUGCAGAGACAAACCACUGAGCCAGCUUCCUCCACUCGGCACAAUUCAUUCAAAAGACACCUGCCCAGGCAGAUGCAGGUUGGCAGUCUAGACCUGGGAAACGACUACGUGCCGGACAAAGACGAGAAGCCCACCAGCAUUGGCCGCAUCCAGCCGGAGCUCUACCAACAGAAGACGCUGGAAUCGGACGAUUCAUCCAACAACGGCAGCAGCAAAAACUGUGGCAGGAUUAACUUCUCCCUCAAGUACGACUACGAAAACGAGGCCCUCUUAGUCAACAUCCUCAAGGCAGUGGACCUGCCCGCCAAGGACUUAUGCGGCACAUCUGACCCUUACGUGAAGAUCUACCUGCUGCCCGACCGCAAGAAGUUCCAGACCCGUGUCCACCGGAAGACUCUCAACCCCACAUUCAGCGAGAGCUUCCAGUUUCCCGUGCCUUACGAUGAUCUGGCUGCCAGGAAGCUCCACAUGAGCGUCUUUGACUUUGACCGGUUUUCCCGGCACGAUAUGAUCGGGGAGGUGGUGCUGGACAACUUGUUUGAGACAUCAGACCUCUCCAGGGAGACAAACAUAUGGAGGGAUAUCCAAUAUGCCACCACUGAAAGUGUCGACCUUGGAGAGAUCAUGUUCUCACUAUGCUACUUGCCGACCGCGGGCAGACUCACACUCACUGUCAUCAAGUGCAGGAACCUCAAGGCCAUGGACAUCACUGGGUACUCGGAUCCCUAUGUCAAAGUGUCGCUCAUAUGCGACGGGAGGCGUUUGAAAAAGAAGAAGACGAGCAUAAAGAAGAACACUCUGAAUCCCGCCUACAAUGAGGCCAUCAUCUUCGACAUCCCCCCCGACAGCAUGGACCACGUCAGCCUGCACAUCUCCGUCAUGGACUACGACUUGGUAGGUCAUAAUGAGAUCAUUGGUGUGAUGCGGGUCGGGUGCCACGCCGAGGGACUCGGCAGGGACCACUGGAACGAAAUGCUGGCGUACCCGCGCAAGCCCAUUGCACACUGGCACCCCCUGCUGGAGUCCAAGAAGUCUGAGAAGGAGUGGAAGGCGAGGACGGCCAGCUUCGACAGCCAGGGCUCCUGCCCCUCGCCCCGGCCCCCCGCCAGCCCCUGAGCCGGGGCCACCUGUGACCCCGCAGCCCAGAGGGGGGGGUUUCCUCCCUCCUGCUGAUCCACUUCCUGUCUGAGAAACACAACCCCACUGUCUCUGCCUCACCCCCCCCCCCCCCCCCCCCCCCCCCCCCCCCCUGUCCUCCCUUCCGCAAGUCCAGUCCCAGAGCACCUUCCAGAACUGAUCCCGGACCGCCGUCAGUCGGAGAGUCGCGUGGAGCGCGCCGUCUUUUUCGAGGGGUUAAAAUGUUGUAGGGUCUCCGAUUUGAAAUGUGGGGCCUUGUGGUGGCCCCUUGUUGUCCUCCGGGGAGACUGGCCGGACGUCCAGUCCUGCAGACGUUUUGACGCGGAGCCGCCCGCGGCUGAGGCGAAGGAGACAUUUUUCUUCUUUUUUUCCAGACGCCUGACGAUUGAGCUGCGCGAGCUGCAGCGAACUCUCUGAUUGGAAGAACCCAUUGGGGGGGAAGCGCUCCCCUUUUUUUCGCGGCGGCGACGGGAAGGAUCUGAAGCGACUUCGGAGAACGCUCUGCGGCCCUCUCACCGUCGACAUGUUUCUGCUGCCUUCGCGUAGAACGGUACGGAUCCGUAGCAUUUUUUGGAACCAUUAGAUGCAACGAAUAUAAGAAGAAGAAAAAAAUCCGCUCCGUCAGGCGCAUUUGUUUGUGAAUAACAAAAGUGAAGUGAUUUCCACGGCUCCUGAUCCCCCCGGGGAAGAGGCGGGAUCAGGCCCAAAAGACUCAAACAUUCUCAUCGUGUCGAUUUCGAAAGCUUCAGCUCGGCAGCCGCGAGCAGCCGCGCCACAACACUUCGACACAGUGACGGAGAAGAGAACGAAAAGGAUCAUUGGAGCGUGGCUGCACCACUGAUUUACACCUCUUUUUUUUUGUCAAUUUUCCCAACGCCAAGGAAGUUAAAAAGGCACAAGUAGUUUAUCUGUAUGAUUCAAAAUGAAGCUCAAAAAAGACAAAAGAGAGUAAAAAAAAAAAAAAAAUUCUUCUUAUUAUUGUGGGGCAAGAAAAGCUUCUCCUGAAUGGAGCUCUGGGGGCUUCUGCAAACAGGGAAAUAGCGAGCACACACUACACACCCUUACCUCCUCUGUUCAGGUGUUUGCUUUCGGAGCGAUCUCCCCCCCCCGAGUUAAAACUCACACAAACACAUCCACGUUUUCCUUCCUUUCUUUAGGGGGGCGGGGGUUUGUUCUGAACAGGUUUUGGUGGAUGUGUAUAGUUUCAUGUACAGCCGUCUACUGUAUGUAUGUUUUGCUUUGUCCAAACAGGAAAAGUCUACACGACGAUAGUUGUAGAUUUAAAAAAAGUAAAGAGACAUUAUGAAUACAUGUAGCCUCGUUGGUGGUGAUGCCUGAGAAAAAAAACUAAACUCCGACACUUGGACACAUGCAACCUUCUUGAUAUUCAUCCUGUCAUUCAUCGCACUGCUGUACAGGGACAACAUGUACGUGAAUUUGCCAUUAAUCUGCAACAUGUGGGGGGCCACGGAAUAUUUUUGAAUAUAUAAAGACUGCGACGCCUCUCAUUUAUGUAAAUCGGUUUCCUUUUAAUCUUACAUUAUUUGCUCUAGUGUGUUUUGUCAGAAAAUGCACGUCAGGCCAUGAAGCAAAUGGAAAAUAACCAAAACUACAAAACGACUUUUUUUAAAAUCACAUUACUGCUGGUUCAGAUUGACCUUUUUAAAAAAAAAACAAAAACAAGCCACGGAUAUAAACCAAUCAGUGGCCUGGUGGAUUGCUGUUCUAUAGCGGGCGCAGUAGUUCCAAAUAGCUUAGUGGCGAAAACAUAAUAUCACCACUUCUAUUUACGUUAUUUUCCUCCAGUUUAACCUCCGGUUGUAGAUGUUUUUCAUUUUUGCUGUAACGUACGGGUCCUAUUUCCUGCAACGUCAUUGUGAUAUGCGAGUCGACGAAUAACCGGGAGCUAAUGGCGAGUGGUUUUUGUACCGUAAACGGAAAACAAAUCCCAAAAGCAACGCGGGGAAAAUGUUUGAUAUCCCACGGAUGGAAACUAACCAUAAGCAUGUGUUCUGGUCAGACCCCAGGAUUUUUGAUAAGAUUCAUCUAUAUAUACAUAUCUAUAUAUCUUUAUAUAUAUACACCUUGAAAAAUAAAUAAAUAAAUAUAAAUAUAUAUGUAUAUGUAUAUAUAUAUAUAUAUUUAUUUUUAAAGGUAGAGCCGCCGUUACUGUGUGUUUGUUUGUUUUUUAUGAAAACUGCUGCCAUUUAUCAGGAUUCUGCGAUCAAUGCUCAGCCAAUGACUUUGUGGUGUGUUAACAUUAACUGCAUGGGCGGCGGCUUAUGCAGGAGCACUCACGGACUAAUUGCUUUUUGAUUGGAAAAACGCUUAGAAUUCGUCACGCGGAAAGAAGAAGAAGAAAAGAAAAGAAUCACAAAUCUGAUAUGUGGCUGAGUUUUUACCUUUUUCUUUUUUUUUAUCCAUCGUGAGGGAGGCUCUUGUGCAGCGGGCAAACAGCAGGAAUUUUCAUUCAAUACCAAUGUUACUUUUAGAUGCGACCGGAACGUGUGUGCGUGGCGGGCGUCUUGUGCAGUUUCAUUUGUGUUGUUCGUUGACGUUCUGGGACCAGCGACGGCCAACGAUGUUCAGUAUUGCCACUUCAGAUUAACAAGGUUUCCAAAGGCACAAUUUUUUACCAAAUUUCUAGAAAAAUGUGCAAAACAAAAUGCAAACUGAUAUGGCGCUGCCAUACCACCGCCUCCGCCCAACGAUCCCUUUGAAUCAGUCACGCCGCGCCAUAUCAAGAGUCAUUAAUUGGUGGGUGGUGAAAAAAGAGUCAUAUCUCACAAUAUUGAAGAAAGUGAUUUAAAAAAAAAGUCUGUGCCAAACUUUUAUGGAAUCUCUCGUUGCCCACGUCCCCUCCUUCCACCAAGUGUCACGGAAAUCCAUCCAGCAGUUUUUGCGUCAUCCUUCUGACAAACAAACCAAUGGAUGGAUGCCAAUGAAACUGUCAUAUUCCAGUUUCUGCUUUUUUUACCCUGGCGCUAAUUCGUCGGCGGGGUUCUAUUAAACGGAAGAGAGGAAAUUUAAAAAAUAAAUAAAUAAAUAAAAAGCACCAGUUACAGAAUGAAAAUGAAACAAACAAAACAUGGUGGCAAUGUUGAAUUUAUGUUUGUUUCAUACGCUAGAUCGAGUAACAUGACGGUCUCCUGGUGGUCCACAAACAUCUGGUCUUCUGCUGCUCUUCUUCGUCUCUCUCGUGUCGUGUCGUGUCGUGUCAUGUCAUGUCAUGUCGUGUCGUGUCAUGUCAUGUCAUGUCAUGUUAGCCUGUUACCAAGAGCCGAUGUCAACACGUGGGGAACAUGUGAGCAUGAGUCCUUCACACGCAAAACACCUCUUGACAAUAAUGUGAGUGGUUUCCAGGAAGUCGCUUUCUUUCUAAAUACUGAAAAUGUCCGCAUAUACUUUAUGUUGUCAUGACGAUACGUUUUCUACCCCCCCCCCCCCUGCAUCCUGAGUUGAUCAUAAUGGAAGUAUUAUAUAACGGAGGAACCAUAUAUGUGGUCAGCGUUAUUUUUCUUCCAGUUUUGAAGCUCACGCUUCAUUUUUCUUUCUUUCUUUUCUGCCGUAACACUGAUGCCAUCAGCGCACCCUGGCCAGACAACGCUCCCGGGUCGUCGUGAUAUCAGGCAGGGCACAUCUGCAAGUUGUGUAAGACUCGUACGAAAAGAUUUAUUACGUUUAUUGGGCAGAAUUUCGGUUUGGUACUAUCUCAACAGCAGCAUCCCGCGGAAAAAUGUCAUCCAAUAUGUGGCCACCAUGAUCUUAGACGCGUCUAGACUGCUGGCGCCUCGCUCAGCAACAGCGGACAAGUGAUACCGCAGUCGCAGAGAGCACAGUGCGUUGAACACACUAUAUAUCACAGAGUUUGUAAAAAAAAAAAAAAAGAAAAAGUCGCUGGCCAGACGUCAAGACGAGAGCAGAUGCAUCCAGCAGACGCAGCAGGAUCUGGUUUAGCCAUUUCCCCGCAUGGGCGAGUUCACCCAGAGCGAUGCGGUGGGAGGCUGAGACGACAGCCGAUGGGCGCACAGGUCAGCAUCUACAGAGCGCCGGCAUCUCUCUAAUUGGCGCUUGCCACAGCGAGAAUGAGCCGGUGCGUUAUUGUUCGCGCCGGGCGUAAUCCAAGACAGUUUGCUCUCUCUCGUUCACGCUGUUGGUUUGUCCUCGACUCCUCUCUGGACUAAUGGCAUUAUUCAUCGAUUUUCUUCUACGUUAUAUAAGUGUAAAAAUAGAAAAACCAGUGGUUGAAUACUAAAGUAGUUUCUGUUCCACAUCCUUUUCUCUUCUUUUUUAGAACACGUGCUUUAUGAUGGUCAUAUGUUUCCCUGAUAUGUGGUGUGAUUUCAUGGUAGAAGAAACCUGUUGAAUCAAUUGCCUCCGUUUUAUCGACUGUUUCCAAACCUUCUAGCUUUGCCUAAUAUUGUAACGUUUCUUGACAUGAUCUUGUAUCCCUUCCAACUGUUAUGAUAGCACUGAAUUUCCAAUUUUUUUAUCGAGCAUUUUGUAUUUGUAAUUAUAGAAAUGUUUGAGCAAAAAUGUUCUGGUGAUUGACAUCGACAGCCGUUCGUUCGGACGGAAGUCUCUUACAAGUUUAAUUGUAGACUCUAGAUCAUUAUCGGGACUCUCAAUCAGUGACCCAGUGUGUAAUAAAGUGGACAGAAAUAGCAUCAAAGCCACAAAUUGUCAUUCUUUGGUUUCAACGAGUCUGAUAAUCGAGAGCGGGGAAGAGUUUGUUCCAUUUUACUCCCACGGGGUGUGAUGUGUUAUCGGUACUGUGACAUGAUUUUCUUUCCUUUGAUUAAAAAGAUUUAUGCAAAACGG